GCCGCCACUCCCAGCAGCUGUCCGUGCUGCACUCUCACCGGGCCGGGCUAGAGGGGUUGCUGAGCGCUGUCACCCUAGGGAGGACUCGGAGGAGGUGCCCUAGUUGCCCGGGGAGGAGGGAUGGGGACAUGCUGCUGCUUCUGCCCACCCUAAUAUAGACUUCCCGCAGGACAAGUUCGCAGCCCGCUCGCUGCAUGGCCAGGCUGACCCAGGGGCAGAGAACACUCUCCUACUCGGGAUGCAGAGGUAACGCAGUGUGUGUGGGGUGCACAGGACUGCCAGUACUGCCCCGGGGCUUGGCUGGGCAGCGGACACUGCAGUGAGGAACCCCCAGGGCUGGCUGCUCACUCGCUCCCAGGACUCUGCUAGAAUUUCUGGACUUCAAUGCUACUAUUAUACAUUCACUUCCAGCAGAGCCUGGCACUGUGCCCUAUGUACCUGCACAUCAGAGGAAUGCCAGUUACGUCUGUUUGCCCACAGCCUGACUGUAUUUAUCCUCCCACCCUUCAUCUGUUACUACCUAGAGCACCCUUCUGCCCACUGUGUUAUCCUAUAUCCUCCAUGGAUUAUAUAUAGCUCUAGUUGGUUCAGUCUUUCACUGACUAGUAAAAUAUUCCUCAAUAGAUUAGAUGUAUCUGCCAAGCCUCAUGCCUCCUAUGUGACUCCUGGCCAGACAGUGUAGUGACUGUGAAAUAUUUGUCUGAAUUCGAGGAAUUAUUUCUCUCCAGGGAUUUGCACUACUGCAGCAAUCACACAACAGCAGAUAAUGUGACUCCUCUGCAGGCUGCUUUGCUCCUUUAAUACUGUGAAUUAACCCAGGUGUCUGCCCUGGAAUCCCAGUGACUGCUAAAGUAGAGUACUCUCUGCCCUUUUCUAUGUGGGGAGUGACAGAAGCAGCGCCAGACAGCAUGGAUGGCAAUGGGCCUUUUAUUUCAGUGCCAGCUCCUGGUGAGCUGGGGGUCUGCAGCAGAGAGCAGGCAGGGUCCGCAGGUGAACCUCAGUGUAGCGCCUCUUCUCUAGCCCCCACAGCAUGUCCUGUUCCUGAAUCCUCAUCAGGUGGUGAGGGUACCCAGUGGUUAACCAAACAGAGAUCCUUGCGAGUGGUGUAUGUGCUGAAUGAUAGCAUGAAAUCCAACAUGGGAAGCAGCCCAGAAUCAGGUGCCCUGCACUGCCUGCGCCGAGCUUGUGAUGGAGAGGGGGCACAACUCACCAGUGUCAAUUUCGGGGAGCUGGAUUUUGGGGAGACAGCAGUACUGGACACCUUCUAUGAUGCAGAUGUUGCUGUAGUGGACAUGAGCGAUGUAGGAAGACAGCCUUCUCUUUUCUACCACCUUGGAGUGCGGGAAAGUUUCGACAUGGCAAAUAAUGUUAUUAUCUAUCAUGAUACUGAUGCUGACACAUCGCUAUCCCUAAAGGAUAUGGUGUCUCAGAAGAACACGGCCUCUAGUGGAAACUACUUCUUUAUUUCUUACAUUGUGACCCCCUGCGGGGACUACUUUUGCUGUGAGAGUGAUGCCCAGCGGAGAGCCUCAGAGUACAUUCAGCCAAACUGGGACAACCUCUUGGGACCCUUGUGCGUCCCCUUGAUUGAUAAAUUCAUUAGUCUCCUGAAGGACAUACAUGUUACGUCGUGUGCAUACUACAAGGAAACUCUGCUAAAUGACAUCAGAAAAGCCAGGGACAAGUACCAGGGCGAUGAACUUGCCAAGGAGCUGACCCGUAUCAAAUUACGAAUGGACAACACAGAGGUCCUGACCUCCGAUAUUGUAAUCAACCUGCUUCUAUCAUACCGAGACAUCCAGGAUUAUGAUGCCAUGGUCAGACUGGUGGAAACUCUGGAAAUGCUGCCAACCUGUGACUUGGCAGACCAGCACAAUAUAAAGUUCCAUUAUGCUUUCGCUCUCAAUCGACGGAAUAAUGCUGGUGACAGAGAUAAAGCCCUAAACGUGAUGCUUCAGGUGUUGCAAGCCUGCGAUCACCCAGCUCCAGACAUGUUCUGCCUGUGUGGUCGGAUAUAUAAAGACACAUUCCUGGAUUCUGACUGUAAAGACACCAUUAGCAGGGGCAGUGCUAUUGAAUGGUAUCGUAAAGGUUUUGAGCUCCAGCCAUCCUUGUAUUCAGGAAUUAACCUCGCUGUUUUACUUAUUGUUGCUGGGCAGCAGUUUGAGACAUCUAUAGAACUCCGGAAAAUAGGUGUUCGCCUGAACAGUCUGCUGGGAAGGAAGGGCAGUUUGGAAAAAAUGAACAACUACUGGGAUGUGGGUCAGUUCUUCAUUGUGAGCAUGCUGGCCAGUGACAUUGGAAAAGCAGUACAGGCAGCCGAGCGCCUUUUCAAACUCAAGCCUCCAGUUUGGUACUUGAGAUCAGUUGUACAGAACUUGCUUCUAAUACAGCAAUUCAAAAAGCUCAACACAGAGCACUCCCCGAGACAAGAAAGACUAAAUUUUUGGAUGGACAUAAUUGUUGAGGCAACCAAAGAGUCUACAAAUGGAUUGAGAUUUCCGGUUCUUGUAUUGGAGCCAACAAAGGUUUAUCAGCCCUCGUAUGUGUCAAUAAACAAAGAGGCUGAUGAGAGGACAGUUUCGCUAUGGCAUGUAUCUCCUGUGGAAAUGAAAGGAAUUCAUGAGUGGAAUUUCACUGCUUCUUCUAUAAGAGGCAUAAGCAUAUCAAAGUUUGAUGAGCGAUGUUGCUUUCUGUAUGUUCACGACAAUUCAGAUGACUUUCAGAUUUACUUUUCCACAGAGGAUCAGUGCAAUAGGUUUUGUACUCUUGUUAAAGAGAUCAUCACGGAUGUUGUAGGAAGCACCGUAGAGCUGGAGGGCGAGGCAGAUGGAGAUACAUUAGAGUAUGAAUAUGACUAUGAUGAAAAUGGGGACAGAGUAAUCUUAGGCAAAGGAACCUAUGGAGUGGUGUAUGCAGGACGAGAUCUGAGCAACCAGGUCCGUAUAGCAAUCAAGGAGAUACCAGAGAGAGAUAGUAGAUAUUCCCAACCACUUCAUGAAGAGAUUGCACUUCAUAAGUAUCUCAAGCAUCGCAACAUAGUUCAGUAUCUAGGGUCUGUAUCAGAAGAUGGAUACAUCAAAAUCUUUAUGGAACAAGUCCCAGGAGGUAGUCUUUCAGUUCUUUUGAGAUCUAAAUGGGGGCCAAUGAAGGAACCAACCAUUAAAUUUUACACUAAGCAGAUCUUGGAAGGGUUGAAGUAUCUUCAUGAGAAUCAGAUAGUACACCGAGAUAUAAAGGGUGAUAAUGUUUUAGUAAAUACAUACAGUGGAGUAGUGAAAAUAUCAGAUUUUGGGACCUCAAAGCGACUCGCUGGCGUAAACCCAUGCACUGAGACAUUUGCUGGGACGUUACAAUACAUGGCUCCAGAAAUUAUUGAUAAAGGGCCCAGAGGAUAUGGCGCACCCGCUGACAUCUGGUCUCUUGGCUGUACGAUUAUUGAAAUGGCAACAGGAAGGCCUCCAUUCCAUGAGCUGGGUGAUCCUCAAGCUGCAAUGUUUAAGGUGGGCAUGUUUAAGAUUCACCCAGAGAUUCCAGAAUCGCUGUCAGCAGAGGCCAGGGCUUUUAUUCUGCUCUGUUUUGAGCCUGAUCCGGUGAAGCGUACAACAGCAGCGGACUUACUGAGGGACUUCUUUCUGAAGCAAGCAAAUAAAGGCAAGAAAAGUAAAAUAGCAUUUAAGCCCUCAGACUAUAACCGUAGUGCAUCUCUUCCGCUGCCGGUGCCCGGUGAAUUGGCAGGUAGCAGUAGCAGUGAGCAUGGAUCGGUAUCGCCUGACUCGGACACCAAACACGAACUGUUUUUUGAAAAAACAAAAAGAGCCAUUUCAGAAAAUCCCUCCAACAAAGCUCCUCUUUCCAAUUUACUAAGUGUGCCAGAUGAUGGCUCGAUGUCAGAAGAUAGAAGUACCCCCCCUUCUCCGGAUGAGAGGGAUUCUGGUCUUUUCCUUCUGAGAAAGGACAGCGAACGUCGUGCAAUACUCUACAAAAUCCUUAAGGAAGAACAGAAUAAAGUGUCCUCAAAUCUGCAGGAAUGCCUCAUGCAGAGCUCAGAAGAUGUGCAACUUUCUGUCACCCACAUCAAACAAAUUAUCAAUAUCUUGAGGGACUUCAUCCGCUCACCUGAACACAGAGUCAUGGCCUCCACCAUCUCCAAGCUGAAAGUGGAUCUUGAUUUCGACAGCACAUCUAUAAAUCAAAUCCAGCUGGCGUUGUUUGGAUUUCAAGAUGCGGUUAAUAAAGUCCUAAGGAAUCAUUUAAUUCGCCCUCACUGGAUGUUUGCUAUGGAUAAUAUCAUUCGGCGUGCAGUACAGGCAGCGGUCACUAUCCUCAUUCCUGAGCUUAGGACACACUUGGGACCCGCUUCAGAGAGUGAAGGAGUGGACAAGGAAGUGGAAGAUGAAGAUUACCAGCCGGUACAGCAGAACAGCUCAGAGGAAGCUGUCAUCACAGUGGGAUGUAGCACUCUCAGCUCGGUGGUGUCACAUGAGUCACAGAGUCAACAGUUCAACCUACAGCUUGGGAAACUUAGACAAGAGACCAACAGGCUACUGGAAGACUUGGUGCAAAAGGAAAGGGAAUACCAGUACCUGCUAAAGCAAUGUCUGGAACAAAGAAGCCAUGAUUUGCAUCUACUCCAGAUCAAAUCCAGUAUGGAUGUUCCAAGAUCAGCAUCUUACGUUUCCAUUGGCAUCAACAGAGACCAGGAGCUGGUGGACUGGCUGAGACAGCAGGGUGUUGCUGAGGAUGUUGUGGAGCAGUUUGUUGAAGAAGAUUAUACCCUGUAUGACAUUCUGCACGACAUCACCAAAGAUGACCUGAGAAGCCUAAGACUCAGGGGUGGACCUCUUUGCAGAAUCUGGAAAGCAAUCUCAAAAUACAGGAAGCCUAAGAAAAUACUUGGUGUGGACAAUUAGCAAUAUAAAUAUUUUUGACUUACAGAGAAAUGUAAAGUGUACCAUAUUGGGAAAACAUUCCAACUUUUAAAUUAUUUAUCCUUUGUACAUCACUGUAUAGCAAUCUCAUAAAUUUUUUGUAUGUGUAGAUGUUUUUAAUCUAUUUGUACUGUAUCUAGUAGAGUAUUUCUUCUAUCAGAGUUCUAUCAUUGCUAAAAUGGAAAUAUUGUGGUAUACUGCAAAAUGAACUUUAUAAAUGUAAUUGUAGAUAACUGAAAACUGCACAGUUGGACAUUAAAAUGAACAAUUGGUAAAUGGAAACAAUGUGACUCUUUGAUGUGUUCACAGUGGAGAAGUGAAACACUGGUGUACCUGUCAAUUAAAAAGUGGAAAUGUGA